UGCCGCAGCAGCGAUGAAUAAAUGAAUAACGACGACGUAAAAAAAAACUUGACAGGUCCUUCUCUCGCUUUCUCCACGUUGCACAGACAAGCCCGACGCGUGCAUGUGGCCUCGGCACGGCGUCUUGUGCAGACCGCGUCAUCUAUACAUGAUCCUUCUCAUCACUGUGCUUUUCUAUCAGCAUGUGUCUCACAAUGCGGGCGUGAUCAGGUACACUCCAGCAGACGGGCAGGCGAGGGGGAAAACCGGGGGCUAGCUAGCGGAGGGUUAUACCGGCGAUCGCAGGCCAGUUGUAAGCCACUCUCCACCGGACCGAACGGAGGAGAAGGGAGAAAGGGGGGGAGAGAGUGGAGGAACUGAGAGAUAAGAGGGAAUCAUGUCGAACCGAAAACAUCGAGACAACCAGGAGAUCUGCGCCCGCAAGGUCCGGGAGCUGGCCCAGUCCGGAGUAAACAAACACUGCUUCGAGUGCGGCCAGCCCGGGGUGACUUACAUCGACAUCACCGUGGGCUGCUUCGUGUGCACGUCGUGCUCCGGAAUGCUGAGAGGCCUCAACCCUCCACAUAGAGUCAAGUCUAUUUCCAUGACAACCUUCUCCCAACAGGAAGUGGAGUUUCUGCAAAACCAUGGCAACGAGGUUGGGAGGAGGACCUGGCUCUGUAUUUUUGACCCCAAGACGGACGGCUGCUCUGACAUGAGGGACUCUCAGAAGUUCAAAGAGUUCCUCCAGGACAAAUACGAGAAGAAGAAAUGGCAUUUUUCCAAGAGUAAGAAUCGAAGGGAUGUGGAGGGUCCAUGGAGUCCAGGUUUCCAGGCCUUGCCCCCUUCCCAUGGCCCGCUGGCCAGCCAGGCCCCCUCCCAUGCGAUGCCCCCAAACGCCAGACCUACGAGGACACUGUCCACGUCCCAGCUGCCAUCCUGGGACCGCCCCCCUGCGGUCUCCCCCGCCGACAUGAGGACGGAUGUGUUCACGGCCCGGCCCUCGCGCUCUCAGAGUUUCAGAGACCCCCCUCUGAAAGAUCUGGGUCUGUGUGGGAUCGAAAGACAACGUCCAGGCUCGCUAACGUCCACAAUGGGAUCCCAGAGCCACGUGCCGUCCUUCCCUGCUUUACCCCGACCCUCAGCUAGUAGCACUUUCAAAAACCACUUCACCUUAGGUCGCGCCGCCUCCGCUUCGGGUGGCACGGGGCCCUUCAGGGCCUUCCCUAAGUCUUUGAGUGUGGACUUUGGUGGUCUGAGCCACCCGCAGCACCAGUCACUGCCCCAGGCCCAGCAUCAGCAUCACGCCCUGCCCACUCAACAUCAACAACAACAUCACCAGCAGUCUGCCGGACCUGGCCAGGCCACGCCAGCUGUCACCGGCUCCAACUCACAGGACAAGUACGCUGCCGUGUCCCAGCUGGAUAGUGUCUUCUCUGAGUCGACAACCCCCACAGCUCCCCCUAGUGGGCCUCCGCAGUACAGCACCAUCUUUGGCAACAGGCUCUCAUCCAGCUCCACUCCCGCAAGUUCCCCGGGUGUUGACGCAGUCUCCGGCUCCCAGACAUUUACAAACUUCCCCAACCCUUUCAGCUCCGGGUCCAGCUCCACACCCCAGCAGCCUGUUGCCCUCUCCCCCAGUAACCCCUUCAGCCCCGGCUCUGGAGGUGACUCCAGUGCGUUUGUGACUUCGCCCAACUCUGUUUUCCCCCCGUCCACCACCCUCCCCGCUCCAAACACCCAGAAUGCAUUUCCUCAUGAGUCAACAACCAACCAGGAAGCCAAUGGUUUUGCCUCUUUCGCCGCGUCCAGCUCUCAGCCCAAAGUCCCUCGGCCAAUGUCGGUGAACCCGUUUACUGGGAAUGUUUACCCCAGUAGGGGGACGUCGCGGAAUCCUUUCAUCUGAUACUGCCACCCCCUCCUCGCCCCAUGCCCUUCCACCCAUCCCAUCUCUGGGAGAAAAAGGGAGGAGGAAAGAAGAGAGAGAGAGCGAGAGAGCACUGAGCGGAGGAGCGAACUUGAGGAUCGGCUGCCAUUUCAAUGCCUUUGGAGUAUUUUCGCCCUCUGAGAGAGGGCUGAUGUCCACACAGCCAACCAACCCCCCCUCCUCCUCCUCCUCCUCCUCCCCCACAACGCUGGAUGUGUUUACGUGUUACUUGUCCGUGUGUAUUUGUAAAAGAAAACGACAAUAACAACAACAACAACAACAACAAAAAAACAACCAAAAAAGGAACACGUGAGUGAAACUGUGUGUGAAACGGCGUACGUAUGAGGACGCCGAUGAGCACGUGUGCGUGCGGUCGGUCGGUCGGUCGCCUGCUGUGUUUGUUCCACGUGACGUCGAUUAAAGGUGUUUGUGUGCCAAUAGAAGCCACCUCAGGGCCCUGUGGGAUUCACGAGUUGAGGACGCCUCUGUGAUCUUGACCUGCAGAGACACACACACACACACACACACAUGCAGACACACACACAGUUGCUGCUGCUAGCUGCUGCCAUCGCCUGCUUUCGUGUGAGAACCUGCCUCACCAACAAAUCCACGAGCUUCGCCCCCCAUGCUUGCCUUUUUGAUCAAUCUCUCAGUUGAAAAAGUCCAAAAAAGAAAGAGGAAGAAAAAAAAGAAAGAAAGUGGAAAUCCUGUCCAACACUAGCCAUAUAAAUCUGUCCGGCUCGUUGACCGUGUAACAAAUGGGACACUUGUCAUCGAGCUGGAGACAGAUGCCGACCCGGCGUCGAGAGACGGAUCGACGUCGAGCACGCCGAAGCAUCGGUUACAACGGCCUUUAAGGGCCCGGGGGAGCCAAGCUCACAGACAGGCGGGGGUUCUCCAUCGUGUGUUUAUGUGGAACAUGUUUGUAUGUGUCACUGUAUCAGGUUCCCCUCUGGGGGAGGGGGGGGGGGUCAUCUUUCAACUCUCAGGCUGCAUGCGCUUGGAGGGCUAAAAGGAGAUGCUCCUGAAUGUAAAAGCAAUUUCAGAAUAACUAGGUGUGUGCUUCAUCGCGCCAUUUAAUGGACCAAAAUGUUUCAUGUUCUGUUUUAUUAUUUUUUGAUUUUUUUUGUUUUUUUUUUGUUUUUUUGUUUUUCUCCCGGGCGGCAUGGAGGCCAGGUUGAUUUUCUUUUCUUUUGCAAAAAAAAGAAAUAUGUGUGUGAGAACGUCUUUGUAAAGACAUGU